AGACAAGCCUUGUCCAGCUACAGGACCGAGCACAAGGUGAUCCAAUUUCUUAUUAGGAAUGGUUCGCGCGUCGUUCCUCGUAGCCGAAUCCGAAGAAAAAUCAACAAGUGAAGAGAGAUGAGGAAGAAGAAAGAGCACAGGAAUAAGUAAAAGAAUUCGACGCCAUCCGCUACAAGAUCUCAUGCUCCGAUAAUCUCUCCGGGAACCCAUUAAUAUCGUAUUUUCAACCUUCAACGCAAUCGCCGAUCAAACGAAUCCGCGGAGGAGGACUGACUACUGACCGCCUGAAAAAAACUAAACCGGGAAGAACCCAAACUACGUGACGUUUAUUUGAACUGUCAUCGAAUAUCAUGCCGUCUCGUCAUUCACUUAUCUGAGUGGGCUUUAUAAUAGAAAGGCCCAGUACAUAAUGUAUAUCGAUUCCUAAGUUGGCGAAUACAUAAUGUUGCUGCGUCUCUGUCGUCAUCGACUUCCUCUUCCUCUGACUUUGAGCAGCUCUGUCUUCUUCUCGAAAUCGUCUCCUGUUUCUUCUGCUUUCAUGGAUGCUUCAAAUCCCAAUUCUUCUAGAAAAUCUAAUGUCUCUUCCUUCGCUCAGUCCAGUCGAAGCGGUGGUAGAGGAGGAGGAUAUGAGAGAGAUAACGAUCGACGGAGACCUCAGGGUCGUGGCGACGGUGGAGGCGGAAAGGAUAGAAUCGAUGCACUUGGACGACUCUUGACGAGAAUAUUGCGACAUAUGGCUACUGAGCUGAGAUUGAACAUGAGAGGUGAUGGUUUUGUUAAAGUUGAAGAUUUACUUAACCUGAAUUUGAAAACUUCUGCAAAUAUUCAGUUAAAGUCACACACGAUUGAUGAAAUUAGAGAGGCUGUGAGAAGGGACAAUAAGCAACGGUUUAGUCUCAUCGAUGAGAAUGGAGAGCUCUUGAUUCGCGCUAACCAAGGCCAUUCGAUCACGACGGUUGAGUCAGAGAAGUUACUUAAACCAAUACUGUCACCAGAAGAAGCUCCAGUGUGUGUACAUGGAACUUAUAGGAAGAAUUUGGAAUCCAUCUUAGCAUCGGGCUUAAAGCGUAUGAAUAGAAUGCAUGUUCACUUCUCUUGUGGAUUACCAACAGAUGGUGAAGUGAUUAGUGGCAUGAGAAGAAAUGUAAAUGUUAUCAUCUUCCUCGACAUCAAGAAAGCUCUUGAAGAUGGGAUUGCGUUCUACAUAUCAGACAACAAAGUGAUUUUGACUGAAGGCAUUGAUGGUGUAUUGCCUGUCGAUUACUUCCAGAAGAUCGAGUCUUGGCCUGAUCGGCAAUCCAUACCUUUCUGAUUCAUAUAAUUCAACAUCAUGCGAAGAUUGACAGGAUCCUAUGACAAUGAUUGUGAGGAUUCUUCUGAACCUUGAUUAUGUAAUGUUGUCUCAGUGUUUUCAAUUGCACAUAUGACAAUUUAUGAAAACUUUCAAGAUUAUGUUGUUUCCUUUGCCCAAAGACAUGAGAAGUGCAGAAAUAAAUCAA